CGAAGCAACCCAAUGAACGAAUCAUCGUCGCUCGUCUUUCUCGGCGAAUCGGACGCGAUGAGACUCUCCGAUCGCGGAACCUAAUUCCGUCGAAAGUUCCUUCGAUCGGCGGAGAAUGAGCUCCAGGGCCCGUAAUCUCACCUUCAAGCUCGUUCUCCUCGGUGACGGCCGAGUUGGGAAAACCUCCCUUGUAUUGAGAUAUGUAAAUAAUGUAUUCUUUGAGAAGCAAGAAACUACGGUGCAAGCUUCCUAGUUAACAAAACGCCUUGUCAUUGGAGGUGUGCCUAUUACCUUGUCCAUAUGGGAUACUGCUGGACAGGAACGUUUCCAUGCCUUGGGUCCUAUAUACUAUCGUGAUGCAGAUGCAGUGCUUUUAGUCUAUGACGUCACAGAUACUGAUACUUUUCUUCGAGUUAGAAAGUGGGUUAAGGAACUUCAGCAGAUGGCAUCAAACGAUAUAGUCAUGGUCAUUGCAGCAAAUAAAAACGAUUUUAUCAGAUCAAAGAAGUAUGAUAUUCAAGAAGCUGAAAGCUAUGCAAUGACAAUUGGAGCAAAACUUUUUCUGACAUCUGCGAAAUUUGGGUCGGGAAUAAAUGAUGUCUUUCUUGAUUUAACAGCACGAUUGUUGCAGAAGAAAAAAAACAGUGCCCAGGGCUCAUCACCUGCUCUACCAAGAAAAGGGAUUAUUGUUGUAGAUGAUGAACCAGAGAGAGAACCCCCACCAAAGUGUUGCUCAUAGCAUUGAGGUUCCAGAUUUUUACAAGUAACAACAGGUACACCUACCACACUUCAUUUGUUUGGCCAGAGGAAGAAAAGAAAAUUGAUUUUACUUGCAGGAGCAGUAGUAGUGUGAAUAUUGGCGUCUGCUAUGUGGAGGGUGAUCCGACAGUAGGAAAUCUAGGCUUUGUGUAUCUUCACUAACCUGGACAGAUUACCAGAAAUUAUUAGCAUCAACAGUAGUAUCUGCUGUUUGUCCCUCGAGAAAUGUUGUGUUAUUUGGUGUCUACAUCUCCAAGGUGAAGUCAGCUUCAACUGUUCUAAACUUCCGUCCUCUCCAUCGGCCCAUUUAGUUCAACAAGAAUAGAUGUCUUUAGCUGAUAUAUGUUUUAUAAGACGUACAUUACCAUUACUUUAAUGCUAAAUCGAAUUAUUCCUUUGUUUUGA